CAUUACGGUAGCACGUGGUCUCACUGGACUUCCGGCAGUUGCGUAUUACUGUUUCCGGAAACAUGGAGGCUGUAGUGAGUGAAGUCGUGGCUCCUGAAGAUUUACUGAAGUUCGAGAAGAAGUACAAUGCGGAGCUGGUGAAGGGCAGCGUGUCAAAGGACACCAAGUUCGAGUACGCCUGGUGCCUCGUCCGGAGCAAGUACACGGACGACAUCAGGAAGGGCAUCGGGCACCUGGAAGAGUUGGUUCUUAAGUGCACAAAGGAUGACCAGAGAGACUACCUGUUUUACCUGGCAGUGGCAAACUACAGACUGAAGGAAUACGAGAAGGGUCUGAAGUACAUCCGCACGCUUCUGAAGAAGGAGCCAGGGAACACGCAGGCCCUGGAGCUGGAGAAGCUCAUUGACAAAGCCAUGAAGAAAGACGGGCUGGUGGGCAUGGCGAUCGUCGGGGGAAUCGGCCUAGGCGUGGCUGGGUUGGCGGGUCUCAUCGGACUGGCUGUGGCCAAGACUAAGUCCUAACAAGCAAGAGAAGGAUGUGCUCCCGUGGAAGAUGGCCACACCCUUCCCUUUAAAAACCACCUCCCCACCCCCACCUCUCUGCUGUAGAGCACUCUGGAUCUGGGCCGAACACCAAGCAGCAGAGCAGCUCGUUGCAGUUUAGAGGCGCAGACGUGUCUUCAUUCCCUUCCUGCUUUGUCUCCGCCGCACCCCGCUGGGUGCCUGUUUGUUCACUUGUUUCACACCAGGUUUUUCUUUCACUGGUCGCAAGGUCUGAGGAUUUUGUUUUUACCCCUGUUGUUGUAACAGGUAAUAACACUGUGGAAUAGGAGGCGCCUUUUCGAUUUGUGUUACUACUUCAUACUUGAAACGCAGCUUGUUGAGUGCUAAUAAAAGCCUGGUAAAUGUGUGUGACUUAUUGCUGAGGAAAAGCGAUAAACAUCUAGAUUGGCUUUAUACGAGGUCAUCAAACACGUAAGUGUUUGUGUAUCGUAACUGCUGUGUGUAUCAGUUGUCUGUCACAGCUACCACACGGCUUUCAGGUGUCUCCUGUUCUGAAGUGUUACCUUGUGAUAUUUUGUUAAAGCAGUCUGCAGGGGCAGUUAUGUUUCAUAAUCACCUGCAUCCUUAGAUUAAACCCCUUGCAUAUUGUGGUUCUGGACACUCUACAGAAAAGUUGUGUUCGAGCUUCUCUCUUGAGGCUACUACUGGCCUCUAGUAGUGUUCUCUUCAGUCCUUUCUGCCCAGACCUUGGUGUUAAUUUUGCUUUUAUGCCAUGAGAGUUGCACAGGCUUCUGGCACCGUGCACCAUGUGCCACAGAGAAGGGUGUCCCUCUUGUGCUUUCCUCAGUGAUAGUCAUUUUUAAAGGAGGCUUUCCACGACAUAGAGAGCACAUAGUGCUGAGAGAGCACAGCCAAUAGUGAAAGACAGCACAGGCCUUCACAUUGUGAGGUGAGAGGUCCAGAGGUCCAUAAGGCCAACUUAUUAACCAGCUUGGUUAAACCUAUUCGGGAACUGAUUUAAACCUUUGAUGGAACAAGUGGUGCACAUUCUGAGUGGCCCUGAUCUGCAUCUCCACUCGCUGAACCCUUCUGCUCCCUCUUUUUGCUCUGUAAUACAAAUAAAAUCCCCCAGGGAGGGUGUUAUCUGUGCCUCUAACAUACUGGGAUGUACAGUUGAAUCCGAGGAGCAUUUUCCCCUCUGGCUGUUCAUUCCCAGCUUUCUCUCAUAAUAUUUCCACUACAUGUGACAGGGGGAUAUCUCUGCUAAGGGCACGUACUGUUCCUUGAUUAUAUUUAUUGUUUUUGCACAGGCCAUAAAUUCAGAUUUCCUGCCUUUAAGGUAAAAUGGUAGUUAAAAUAUUAAAAGGGGUGUUGGAGUGGAAGAGUGUUUUUUUUUUUACUUUAUAACUGACAAGAACAUUGUUCAGAGUUUUCAUAAUUCUGAUUGUUUUUUCUCGUCAUUUCAGAUGUGCUUGGGCCAGUGCUUUGUUCUUAGAGCUGUUAACACCUGCAUUAAUGCUGCUUUGCUGCGCAGUAGAACUUCAUGUGCAGACCUCCUGGAAGACAGAAUUGCACUGCCUUCCAGACCCAGUACAGGUGCAGGUACUUGGUUAGACGGCCGGUGCGUGCACAGUCCCUUGUUUGUAAGUGCUGCUUUUGAACAAUAAUGAUUAUGAUUAAUAAUUAAAUUAAGAAGUUCUGUCUUCGGGUUGUGUGUCAUUCAUCUCAUGGCCAUCAGUGUCUUGAGCAAUCUUAAAAUUGCAGGUGUCCUCCAUCCGUGGCCAAAGGCAUUUCUCUUUGUGCUAAACCUGCCCGCUGUUCAUAUUCUAACCUGUGCCGGUUCUUUAGUGCAUGUCUAACUGUGCUUUAAAAAUGUUGGCACAGAGGAGGAAUUCCCUGGGCUCCCGUCCCACAGUACCUGCUAACUCUGCAAGUCCUUGAGCAAGCCUACAUGGUGUCAUUGACCUAAUGAAGAACACCUAUGUGCUUUUUUUCCCCCCCAACUCCUCCAUGUCCCGUUUUUGAAACAACGUGUCUCAAGCACAGUGCUAAAAUUCAUAAUUGUGCUGGCCCGAUGAAGCGUUUGGAAUGGAAUCGGAUGACUGUGGUGUUAACAGUUCUAAAAGCAUUCACACAUUUGUUGAGAAUACUAAAACAAAAACACGUUGAAACUAAGUAGUGGCCAAUUAAGCGAGUGGCGAAAAAGGUCUGGCGCAGACCUUUUUAUUAUUGUGUAAUCGUGUACUCUAGUGCCCUUAUGCUCUACUUCCAGAGUAGUUGGAAUGGAAGGUUAUGCUAUGCUUAGGGGUUUGAUUAUAGCUUAUUAGGUGCUCUGAGGAGAUACAGUUCAAGUAUAGAUUGCUUCUUAUUUAGCUGAUGAAAGCAGAAUACAGAAGUUAUGUAAAGAAGCUUUAUUACCUAAAGACUCUUGUCAGCGUUGUCCUAGUAUUGCUAGUAUUCACAUUGUGAUACGAAAGAUAUCUUUGCAACAUGAAGGAAGUGUAAGUGGAUUUAAUUUAAGAGUUUGUUGUUGAAGUAUUAAAGGGGUUUGUGAAUGCAGGGGAUUUGAAGUUCAUUUUAAAACAUCUGAAGACUAUGUAGAUUGAGUCAUGUAUGAAUACAGAAAUGCAUCUGUUUUAAGAAAAUGACCAAUGCCUCAGAAUGCUCAAUUAGAAUACUUUCUCAUUCUUCAUGAGACUGGCUUCUAAAAAGUGUGAAUGCAAGUUGAAACUAGAUGGUCAGAUGUUGAAGAGGAGAGUUCCUGCUUUUUUUUGCCUUUUGCAGUGCCAUGUCUUGGCCAGCAGAGUGUGCUACUGAGCCUCUCUCAGUUAACAUUUGUUUUUCUAGCAAGGGCUGGCCAGUCAUGAGGAAAGCAGAAAGUUGUGGGGGAGCUUGAUCUACCUUUGCUGCUCUGUGUGUCCAUUCCUCCGCCCACUUCCUGUCCUGUGGGCCAGUUCCACCAGGAUGGGAUUGAGCAGGAAAGCAGAAUGUAUUACAUCCUGAAGGCAGGCUAACUGGAGAUGCUGAAAGGUUGUGUGGUUGUUGUCCAAUUUUGAUUUUGAUUUUUGCAAGUUUGCACUUCAUGUUUCAGGAGGAAAGAUUUUUUUGUUAAUGUAAUUUUUCAUUUUUCCUCUUUUGUGUUUUCGGCUUUCUGCAGUUGGUGGACAAUUUUGUAUUUUGAUGUUGGUUGAGACGCAAGGUCUAUAAGAUUCUUCUUGAAAUUGUUUCCCUGGGUUGUUGCCUGGCUUCUUCAUCAUUUUGCUUGAUCUGCAAGUUCCUUUUUCCCUUAGUGAGGAAAGAACUAUCUCUUUUGCGCUCUCACUGUCCUGUCUUUCUCUGUGCAUGUUAGAUUGACGUAACUGCAGUCAGUCUGACUGGAGGCACUACACAGCGUGGAACAGAAUGGUUCUGCAAUGCAGGCCCUGAAGUCCAGAGAUGCUUACCUGCAACUUGUCUAAAAAGUUGCACAGUAUCCAGCCUUAACUGGUGUGAAUUCUCAUUGAAUUCUAAAAGUAGUUACAUCUAACAUACAGAAAUAAGUAAUAGUUACAGAUUCUGCAUCUUCGCUCUCACUUUUUAGCUCACCCAUUUCACCCAAUCACAGUUCAGCACGCAUAUUUAAUCCAUAGAUUUUAUGCGAACUGAAGCUUGUGCAGUCCUUACCUUCAGUUUGUUUUUGGGUAUGCUUGCGCACCAGAAAAUUUUGGGCUUUCAGAUUGAUACAGAAAAUAUAGAGUGAUAUCUCUGUGGGAAUAUGGGUUGUGUAUCCAAAUCCCUGUGUUUCAAGGAGCUUGAUUUUCCACCUGCAUCAUGUAGUUCAGGAGCAGGAGCAUGAAGACUGAGCCAUUCUGGCACAAAGCAAAGUGUCUCAGACUGUGUGUUUCCCAGGAGGUACUGCUGCUCUCCUGUAAACAGGUGCAACAAGGGAACAUCAGUGCUCCCAUGUGUAGAUUGAUUUAGGGAAGGUUUUUAUCUCUUUGCUGCUAUUUACCACAGCAUAAUUAUCAUACCCAACUCUUAAAAAUGCUCUGGAAUUCUGGUCCUUGGAGGAUUACUAUAAGGUAUAUAUAUAUAGGAUUCAUCUCCUUCAUUCUGUUCAAAUUCCAGGUACUGUUGAAUAGUGCCUAGCCAUCCAGGGAUGUGGAUACUGCAGUGGAGGUGAUUUGAGAGACAAGAGGGAGAAUGUCAUGCAGUCCCUGUAAAAGUUCCCUAAGUGGGCCAUCUGUGCUCCCCAGACAGCACAGAUGUUCACCGCCUGCCUGACUAGUGAAUGACAGAACCCAUUCACACUCCUUAAGUGAUGGUCUCCAGCAGAUAAAAAUGCCUCUGCUCAAAAAAAGAAAACGUUUUGGGUUCUUUCAUACAUUUUGUGGCACAACAAAUAAACAAAACAAAUCAAACUGCAAGUGUAGGUGUGAACCUUUUAUCAUACCGACCAGGAAACUAAAUUUAAUUCAGCAUUUGUAGUUGUUUUUUCUGCUGAAGCUGUGAUCAGGUUGCCGUCUGCAACACAUCUCGCCCAAGACAAAAUUGGAUGCUCUGAAGUGAGGCAAUUAUUACACAGAAGUAAUGAGAACUGAAGAUCAUCGUCAAGCACACCAAAGUCUCUAAGCCCCUAGAUUUUCUGGCAACAAGUUAAAUACCCACUGGCAAUACUGGAAGAGGCAGCAGGUUUCAUAUACAGUGAAACCUUUAGAAGAAAUUCAUCAACGGUGUGGGAGUUUGUAGCGAACAUGUGCUUUUUGAUGUGAAACAGCAGGCAGGACCUGCCUGCAUGUGGAACAGACACAACGGGAGAGUGGUUCUCAAUCGUAGAUCCUAGCAGGUGCGGAAUGUGGGUGUUUUGUGCUGGCAGAAGUGCUCAUUGAAGAAGGGAGAUAAAGUGAGUGAUCAAGGCCACAGAGCAUCUUGACCCCACAAAGCAGUGAGGCAGAGCGCCUUCAUUUGACGGGAUCGCAAGUUUAUAUUUGGAGGGGGUGUGGUAGUAAUGUUGAUUUAAACCUGGCAUCAGCUGAAAAGGUGGAUUUGGGCUCUUUAUUUUUUUUAAUUCUAAUCUUUACCCAUUGUGCUGUUUAAAACUAAAAACAACGAUGGAUUUGCCAAUGCAAUUGAAAUGUCAGAGUGGUUGGUGGCAAUUUAAAACAAAUAUUUGCUCUUUGGUCGUCUGACGUCCUUUUGUUCCGGCUAACUGAUUUGAUUUCGUGUUCGUCGGCUGUGCAAGACUCGAGCGCAGCGCCGAGCACGAUGAAUUGGCUUGCAGAUGCAACGGUUUUUGUCUGGAUGUAAAUAAAAUAGUUUUAAUAUCUUG